AUGUAAUCAAUGGAGAUAUGGAAACAGAGAAAGAGCGAAAAGCAUGUAUAGAACAUGAACACAGUCGAAGGCAAGAUAAAUUGAACACAGAAACAAUGGAUGAACAAGAGGAACGUCUUGCACGUGACCAUGAUAUCAAAAGAAAAUAG